UGCAAUUCUACCCUUCCAGCCUUCUCUUCAACUCCACGUCGAUCCACGGCAGGUCUACGGUCGCAAAACCCCCGGAAAUUGAGAAGCGGGCUCGAUUGCUCGCACGUAAAGGACCGUUUUGUCUGAUUUCUAGGGCCUUUCCCUCAAUUUCACUAUGGCCGACUUUCUCCUCUUCGAGGGCCCUAUCGGCUACUCGCUCUUCAAGGUCGCCCACCAGGGCGACAGCGUUGGAAACCGCUUGAAGGAGGUUCAGGAGGGUGUGAAUGACCUCGCUACGUUCGGAAAGAUGGUUGAGCUGGCCAGUUUCCUGCCUUUCGAGAACAACAAGCAGGCUCUUAGUGAAAUCAACGACGUCUCGGAGGGUGUUGCUUCGGAUACGCUCAUCUCUUUCCUCGAAUUGAACCUGCCCAAGCCUAACAAGAAGAAGAAGGUCGUUUUGGGUCUGCAGGACAAGGCCCUGGCCGGAAGUAUCAAGUCCGCCUUCUCUUUCGUUGACUGCGAGACCGGCGACACUAGCGAGGUUGUUCAGGAUAUGCUUCGUGGCGUGAGACUGCACUCCUCCAAGCUGCUGAAGCAGCUUCGUGAGGGUGACAUGGACACCGCCCAGCUUGGUCUCGGUCACGCCUACUCCCGCGCCAAGGUUAAGUUCUCCGUUCAGCGCGACGACAACCACAUCAUCCAGGCCAUUGCCAUUCUCGACCAGCUCGACAAGGCCAUCAACACCUUCUCCAUGAGAGUGAGAGAAUGGUACUCGUGGCACUUCCCCGAACUCAUCAAGAUCGUCUCGGACAACCAGCGCUACGCCCAGCUUGCCCUGUUCGUUAAGGACAAGAAGGACCUGACCGACGACAAACUGCACGACCUUGCCGCUCUCGUGGAGGACGAUGAGGGUGUUGCCCAGAGCAUCAUCGAUGCUGCCAAGCACAGCAUGGGUCAGGAGAUCUCCGAGACUGACAUGGAGAACGUGAUCGCUUUCGCCCACCGCGUUGUCAGCCUGUCCAAGUACCGCAAGUCGCUCCACCAGUACCUGAUCUCCAAGAUGAGCGUUGUCGCCCCCAACCUUGCUGCCCUGAUCGGAGAGAUCGUCGGUGCUCGUCUGAUCUCCCACGCCGGAAGUUUGACCAACCUGUCCAAGUAUCCCGCUUCCACCGUCCAGAUUCUUGGUGCGGAGAAGGCCCUUUUCAGAGCCCUCAAGACCAAGGGUAACACGCCCAAAUACGGUCUUCUCUACCACUCCUCCUUCAUUGGACGCGCCGGUCCCAAGAACAAGGGUCGCAUCUCCCGUUUCCUUGCCAACAAGUGCUCCAUUGCUUCCAGAAUCGACAACUUCUCUGAGGAGCCCUCCACCAAGUUCGGAGAGGCCCUGAAGAUGCAGGUUGAGGAGCGUCUCGAGUUCUACGCCUCUGGUGCCGCCCCCACCAAGAACGAAGUCGCCAUGAAAAACGCCAUGGAUGCCGUCCUUGCCGAUAUGGACAUUGAUGGUGAGCAGAGCGACGAGGAGAUGCAGGAUGCCGUGGCCGAGAAGAAGGAAAAGAAGGAGAAGAAGGAAAAGAAGGAAAAGAAGGAGAAGAAGGACAAGAAGGAGAAGAGCGAGAAGAAGGAGAAGAGCGAGAAGGAGGACAAGAAGAAGAAGCGGAAGCACGACAGCGAUGCCGAGCCGUCCAAAAAGAAGAAGAAGGUUUAAACGCACCGAAUCUUGGGACAGGAGGGCGUCAUUGUCGCGGCGUUGUUGGGUUUCUUUUUACCAUCUAGUAUGUUCUGUUUGCUACUUCACGACUUGAUGGGCUGGGUAUCUGUAAAUUAUUCGAUUGAGGCCUGUGUCGUGCCAAAAUUUUCGUUUAGUACUGCCAAUCUGAUUCGGCUUUUAUGGUUU